UCCUGCGGGGAAAGGAGGCGGGGGUGUAGGUCAGAGACCGCAUCCAGCCCCUUGCAGUGCAGCCCAGGACCCUCGCUCACGAUGCUGGCCAUACCAGCCCCGGAUGGAGGAGCAACAGGAUCGUCUCGGACCACUGUGGAUUAACGAUCCCUAGAUUCCUAGCCGGACCUUUUUGGGAGGUGCGCUGUGUCUGAUUUCCGGUGGCAGAGAGGUGCAGUUGCCAUGGUAAUUAGAGAAAGGCCGAGGUCCGUCCGGCUUCGGUGAGCGGAUCGUGGAAUCCGUGCAGAGAAUUGGCCGCGCCCGUUCGUCUGUAAACUGCAAUUAGUAGAAUGGCCAUCAGUCCAGGAAGUGAUGCAGCCUUCUCCAGUCAGAAAUCAUCGCUUUCCGAGAGUCCUCGAGCAAAGAAAUAUCCACUAACUGAAGAGGAGAUAUUUUAUAUGAACUGUAGAGCUGCCUACUUAACUGUUUUCAAAAGCAGCUUAGAAAACAUUAUUUCUAAAGAUCAACUUUACUUAGCUCUUCAGCAUGCAGGAAGAAAUCCAUCCCAAAAGACUAUUGAUAAAUAUUGGACUCCUCAAACUGCCAAACUGAAUUUUGAUGAUUUUUGUAUGAUUUUAAGAAAGGAAAAACCUACUUCAAAAGCAGAACUGCUAAAAUCAUUUAAACAAUUAGAUGUAAAUGAUGAUGGCUCUAUUUUACACACUGACCUUUAUAAACUUCUAACAAAGAAAGGUGAGAAGAUGACUCGAGAAGAAGUAAAUGCUGUAAUAAAUUUGGCCGAUGUAAAUGCUGAUGGCAAAUUUGACUACAUCAAGUUUUGUAAAUUAUAUAUGACAACCAAUGAGCAGUGUCUCAAAACUACUCUAGAAAAACUGGAGGUUGACAGCAAACUGAGGCGUCAACAGUUUGGAAGCCACAUUGAAGGGUUCCCUGAAAGGGACCCAUCACCAGUACCAAAACCAUCGCCUAGAAUCAUAAGAAAAACUGAUCAGGAAACAUUCUCAAACAAAGGUGAUUCCAGGAGUUCUUUACUGGCAACAAGCAGAAAGCUCAAAAUAUCUGUUUCUUUCACAAUUACCAUGGAGGCUAAUAGUAACCGAAACUCAAAGUUAACUGAGCCAAACUCAAUAAAGGAGUGGCAAUGUGUACAAUCAAAAGGUUGCUUUUUCUUAGAAGAAAAUGGUGAAAUCAUUAGUCAUCAAUACAGGAUGCAAAUAGCUCAGAGGUCCAUGGUUUAUUUAACAAUUAAACCAUUAAAUCUGAGCCAAGUUGAAGGAAAACCAUCACCUUGGUUAUCAGUUGAUACUGCCUUGUAUAUCCUUAAGGAAAGUGAGAAUCAAGCAAACCUGCAGCUCAUGUGUUUUACUGAACUACGAAAUAGAGAAGUUUUUGGAUGGACUGGUGAACUAGGACCUGGAAUUUACUGGUUAAUUCCUUCCACAACUGGCUGUAGGCUGAAGAAAGAAAUAAAACCAAUAACAGAAGAAGCCCAGCUGGUGUGUAGGGAUGAAACAGGGGAAUUGUUUCUUACAAAUGAAUUUAGGUCAACUUUAUCAGAUAUAUUUGAAAUAAUUGACUUAGAUGGAAAUGGUCUUCUUAGUCUUGAAGAAUAUAAUUUUUUUGAAUUGAGAACAAGUGGUGAGAAAUGUGAUGAAGAUGCUUGGGCUGUCUGCAGAGAGAAUUUUGAUACAAAGAAGAAUGAACUAACAAGACAGGGCUUUAUGGAUCUGAAUCUAAUGGAAGCUAAUGAUCGUGAAGGAGAUCCUCGUGACCUUUGGGUAACUCUACUCUCAAUGGGCUACAAUAAAGCUCUGGAAUUAACAGAGGCAUGCCCAUUUGUCAUUGAUAUCUAUGCAGACAAAUGCAAGCCAAGAAUUAAAGCUGUCCAUAUGGAGCCAUGCAGUGGGCAACUUGAGAAGGCCAUUUGCAAAUCUGUCCUUAACAAAGGCGAUGCCAAAAUAAUGGAUGGUUAUGAAAAUAUUAUUGUACAUACUCAUAAGUGUGACACCUGGAUAACUUCUGUUAUUGAAAACAAGUCAGAUAAUAAAGUGAUUAUUCACAUCAAUAAUGAACUAAGUAAAAACUGCAUAAACAACAGAGGACUCAACAUAUUUGCAGUAGAAGUGGCACCCAAAUCUACAAUGGUUUGUCAACAUGUAAUGCCUCUGGAUGAACGACAAGAAUGGAUAUAUAAUUGUGUAUAUUCCCUUAUAUCUUAAAUACCAUUUCUAGGAAAUAAUUCUACACAAGACUAUCAGACAAAGAAGAAUUAUUUCAGGUUUAGUAAGGUAUCUGUUGAUCAAUUAAAUGCUAUUCAAUUUAACUAAUAUACAUAAAUAAUCUAAUUUGUAUGUAUUUACA